GCCGUCGGUGCCGAGGCGCGACGUCGCGCGCGAGAGUUGCCCCGAUAACCGUGAGGAUGGAGCAGCUCGCCCAGUUUGUCUCCAAAAGCUUUGACAACGCGGCGGCGGCAGCGGCGACGAGCGUCGAGGCUGCCGUCGGUUGCAGGGCGGCCGCCAGUGGAAGGAUCACGCUCAGUGUCGCGCAUCUCAUCGGUGAUCAUGUUGCGGAUGACGAUGAAGGCGCGCAGGAGGCCACAGCCGGCAUCGUCGAGUCAAGCGGAAACGUCGAGGAACCGCCGUCGCCGGAAGGCCGGCUGCAACCGGAGGAUCUCUCUAUCACGGCCAAGAUCAAGGACAUCCGUGACACCGCGGAUAGUUUACCGCCCUUGAAGACCCCCGAACUGAAGUUAUCAGUUCGCAAGCUACUCGGAUGCACUCCCUCGCCACCGCCUAUAUCGAGGGAUCGAUCGCCCAGUCCGGAAAACUGCAUCGAAUUGAAAUGUCAAAAUGUGAGUGACGGCAAAACAAUCACCAGCUCCAACGACCAAGUCAAAGCAUCGUCGCAGGUCUCGAGGUCGAGCGGACAAAGUCAAGAAGACAUCGGGAAAACAUCCAAUUGUCGGAGCAACGGCAACGGUAACGGCAAGCAGAGGAGGUCGCGGACGAACUUUACUAUCGAGCAGCUGGCCGAGCUCGAGAGACUCUUCGAUGAGACACACUACCCUGAUGCGUUCAUGAGGGAGGAACUCAGCCAGAGACUCGGUCUCAGUGAAGCGCGGGUACAAGUCUGGUUCCAGAAUCGUCGCGCCAAGUGCCGGAAGCAUGAGAGUCAGCUGCACAAAGGCGUCGCUGGGAGCAUGGUGCUGGCACCACGUAGCCCGCCAACGACGUUGGAGCCGUGCCGGGUGGCGCCUUACCUGCCGGCUCUCAGGUUGCAUCCGCCGCCGAUGCAAGGAACGGGUGCUACUGUCACCGUGGGUUCGGCGUUUGACCCGGCGGUGUUGCACUAUGCAGCAGCUGGUGGUCUCUUCUGUCUGCCGCCGCCACCGCCGCCCCCGCCGCCGUCGGCCGGUCAUCCUCCUCACCCGCUAAGCCUAGCGGCGUCGCUGGCCGCCGCGGCGGCUCGCUCGAAGAACAGCAGUAUCGCGGACUUGAGGCUGAAGGCGAGGCGGCACCAGGAGGCCUUAGGACUCGACAGGCCUGCGUAAGGCCCGUUCGCUUGUGCCUCUUGGACGAUGAAAAGCUCGACGAGGACUAAGGGAAUGACCAGUAACACGCGACGGUGAGUACGCACGGGGAAAACCUGCGUCGUGUCGUGAUUCAGAGCAGUGCGAGGAAAUGAUUGAGACAGUAGACUGAUACUGUAAUCGCGGUGACUUCAACUCUGCACGGUGGAGAGAAGGUACACACGCCAACUGAAACCGUCGACGCUCGCUGUAGUCGCUCGUCGUCGUUGGAGCUCCGUACGCGGACGAAGGUGGAUUUGCAUUUUCGAUGAAGCAAGAAUUCUGAAAAUCUUUGAUCGAUUUUUUUAUAUAAUUCUGUGUGAAUGAAUUGCGAGGAUGUUGCGAGGAUGCGAUCAAUGUACGCGGCUGAAAUUGCAAAUUACACUUACCAUUGUUAUCUCGUACGAAUAUACGAAUUCGUUGGUGUGCGGAAUAUUCGGAAUCUGCACCUCUUCGUCCGCGACGUGUUGAAGUGUCGGAGAAGUACAAAGGACACUCAGUGUGUAUAAAGUAAGGCAAGUGACGGGAAACGUGUAACAUACAUGAUGUAUACAGGAUCAGGAAUCUUGCUUGUAUCUCGAUUAGCGCGCUCCUUGUGUCGAGAAACUGUGAUGCAAAACCGCGAUGGAAAGCUUAAUCAUCAUCACCGAGUCGGCUAGAGACGUUAAUGUAGAACUUAUCCUCACACCAAUUUUUGAACCAGUUCUCUCCUCAAAUUCGCGGGCUCUCGUUUGGAGCUGAGAUUCACGUAGAUCUACGUAUGCUUACUGCGUAUGCGAAAACACAUUUAGAUCCCAAAAGAUUUCCCGGAGGCAUCCAUCACCAAGACAAUUCAGAAAAACAUCGAAGAAUACCAAGAAAUUAUUCAUCAACUGCAGAAAAAGGACUUUAUGAGGGACUUCAACAUCAGAAUACCGCCAACGUGUCAUUAACAAUCUAAAGCGUAAAGAAAAUCUCAUUUUCACGAACGGAUUUUAGUCGGGACUUUAGGAGAGUCCUUACCAGCGGCCAUUAGUUCACGAUGAGAAUACAAGAGAAGUCCAAGACGCGCCAGGAUCGCUGACCAACCGCGGACGGGAAUAAUGGAUCGCGCGCGUCCUGGCAGCCGCUUGCGAGACAUAACUCUCGGAGAUGAUUCACGGCCGGGUGGACGAACCGCCGAACGACUUCUCGCGUUCGUCGCCGGCGAGCGAGGGACGGACGGACAGUCGAGCAUCGCCGUCGGGGCGCUAAUGCAAUAACGGGUGGCUACGCGGAUAAAUCAAGCCGGGCGAACCGCUCGAGCGGUGCCGUUGCCAGUGCUGCGCCGCGUAAUCGCGUUACCUCGGUCGGUCGUCCCCAGGGCGCCGUUAUUGUCCUGGAAGCCCCGCUCUCAGCUGCAAGGAUGAGGCGCAUCGGAAAGAGCAUGUUCUUCAGGCCCCGAUAAUUCGUUUCAUUUGAUUUUCACGCAAAUUGCGCUCACUCAAACAUGAAUCUUGCUCUCGUGUGACUUUCGUGUGAAGGAAUUGAUAUUAAAUGUUAUUUUUCAUUGCACGCGAAUCACAAUGCGAUAUUAGCGUUUACUGUAUCCGAAACAUAUUGUUACGAGGAAUUAUCGCGACAUAUUGAGUCUUCUUCUUCGGUACAUCUUCGCGAAGAGCUCAGACACGCAUCUCGAGGGAAGGUUGUAAUCGCGUUAACACCGAUUUAUUCUCCCGGUUCUCCCCGGAGUAUCGUUAUCGUCUCAUCCGCGUGCAUCGAUAGGUCGCAGCAACGUAACUGCGUGACCGUGAUUUGAUUAGUGACUUUAAUUAAAAAGAACGCCGGCGCAUUGCCGGCCGCUCCAAUUCAUGCACGAGUGACCUUUAUGGUUACCGCCUAUAAAAAAGAGAGUCCGUAACUCGGUCGCUUUACGGCCGCCGAAUCGACCUCGCGAUGGUGACCUACGAUCUCGUAAAACGACAUCGAAUUUUUUUACAACAUAAGUGUCUAAUAUAUAAAUGAUCGACGACUUGAUCAUUUAUAUUUUAUAUAUUAGACACUUCUGUUGUAAUUUAUAUUAAUUUAUAUUGAAAUUAAUUAAUUACUCUAAUAAUUGCAAUAUUCUAUUAUCUGCUACAUGUUUUUUUAGAUAUGUAUACGUUACAGUGAGAGAUACCACGACACUUUACUGUGAGAGAAACAUAUGAGAGAUCGACGUCCUGUCAUAAAUCAAUUUACCGCUCGGACUAAACUGAUGUACAUGAUUUGUUUAUGUAAAAACGCCGAUAACAAAUAGACUAAUCGAUAAACACGCCGAUUCAACCGCCCGUGUAAUCAAUUUAGCGCCAAAUCGUCACCCAGUGCUUCAUCCCGAGGGGAUAACGGAGACGAGAUCGUCCUCUCGUUUUUCUGUCAAUCCCCAUAAGGAGCUAUCGAGGGUUUUUGCGCGAUUAGAAGGAAACGUGUCAGAAUGUCUGAUUUUAUCUGAUUUAGAUAGAAAAAUUAUUAUCAACAUAAAAAUUUCUAUUUGUAUUUGAGAAAAUUGUAAUCAUUUUUCUUUUUCAACAAUUUACGGGAAAUAAUAUAUAAAAAUAAAUCAUCGAUGAUUAUUGACAAUAGCAGUUGAAAUAAAUGCAAAUAAAGAAAUAAACAGCAAUUUAUGACAACGGUGCUCACAACAUAACAGUAAAAAUAAUGAUGCUCCAGCUCAUCCACGGGCAAAAAGAUAAUAAUAAAAGCGCAAGGCCAGGGCCAAGGGCUCUAUUCGCCUUUUUCACCCCCGUGAUAGCUUCAGGAAUAAAAUAAAACCCUCUCGUAUCCCGGAAUAAUUCGGAGGGCACCGAGGGAAAAGGUCUCUUCACCCUCUCUCUUUCUCUUACUCUCUUCGCUCAUUUUAAUCCGAGUUUUAAGAAGUUUUUUCUAUUGCUCGUAAAUUGGCCGUCGUUUGUCUGGCCGGGGUCACGUGGGCCGGCAAGGGAUGGGAACCACCCCCGGGAUAUUCUCCCCACUACGGGAUCCUGUUGUUCGCACAUUGCGCAUUCGUGGUGGCUCGCGAGCGGGGGUGGAAACUCGUAACUGCGAUAUAAUGUCCCGCGAAAACCAGCUACCAUCAUCAAUUAUCUCCGCCCCCUCGUCUCUUCAGAGGGGAUGAAACGGGGAAUAAUCGGGUAUGCGCGGGAGAGAGGAGUCCGAGAUUUCUCGGGGACUUUGCGGAAUCGGAGACGAAUUCGCGUUGCGAGUGCGAUUCAUAGUUACAUACGUUGUGUAUGAUUAAUAAUAUAUUUUUAUACAAAGAUAAAAUCGUAGUAAAAAUGAUUGAUGCUUUCUCUGAUUGAAAGUACUUUAACUUUAACGUAACAACAUCUGCUUAAAAAUCAAGGUGUCUCAUUGUCUUUUCUGUUUCUACAACUUUACAAAUCGACUUUUCUAGACAAAGUAGACUUUCUGGCACUUUUCUUAAAAUUUGUAUGCUUUAAGGAUUAUCAUCGAAGAAGGGAAUUUGCAAGGCUUCGUCGAGUCAUCGGUGAGAGAUUCGCGGCAACAGAUCAAUUCUGCAAUUCCGGCGGCGCGAUCGGGAGAGGAAAGGAGGGCGGGACGGAUGCUGGCGCUGCGAGAUUUGGAAAUAAUUCAGCCUCGCGCACUGACUGGCGGGCCAAGGGGCCGCUUGCCGGUCGCUCCUUCCGGCCCCCGCGUGCCUUAAUCUAAUCCAAGGAUAAUCUAAAAUUCAUGACACACAUAACUGCCAGGCGAUGAUAUAUCUGGCGGGGGUGUAAAGGCAAGGCGUCUUCUCCGUUUUCUGCCCCCGGCUUGCCGAGGCAAGCGCCUAGCAGCAAUCACUGGCAUUAUUAUUUAAUGCGACGCGCGUGGCGGCGUAUACGCCAACCAACUACCCGUAAAUCGCAAUAUCGUGGAGAUCCGCUGCUGGAUGCUGUUCAUCUCGUGAGAGGAAUUACCAGCUCGAUCGCAUCCCCCGCCGCCGGUCGAUCUUUCUUGUCGAACAUCUCGAGAUAUGCUGAAUUAAGUAGGUUGCAUCCUCUCUCUGACCACAUCGGGGCGAGAGGGAUGUCGCUUAUACUAUUAUAUUUUAUUAAUGGCAUAUAUGGUUUUUAUACGUACAAGUUGGAAAAACUUCGUGUUACAUAAGAUCUUUUGUAUUAGAAUUUCUAGUAAAUCAAAUUGAUAAUACAAAUAUUUCGCUUUCACUGCGAAGUUGUAUUAAAAGUUAUAGAGUUUUUUUGUUUUUGAUAUAAAUCGUUUAUUCGCUUAUGUCAAGAAUUUUCUUCGGAAUCAAGAGAUUCUCCGUGCUGCAGGGCGUACCGUAUCAUUUCUCGUCACAAAGACGUCCUGAUCGCCUUUUGCAGUUAUACUCGUCGUUCCAGGAUAUCGACUGAAAGCCCGAUGCUAAACACAGUAUCCACAUUACCUUGAGAACUUGACUAUUCCUGCUGAAUUAAUUGAAUUCGCGCUAUUAUUCGCGUAUAUACUCCUUCCGAUAACUCGAGUGUCGUCGUUGUCAGAGUCCGGUGGAAACCGAUAAUCCGGGAAUGCAGCUCGCGCCUUUACGACGGGGUGAGAUGCACGCAAAUGGACCAAGGGUGGUCACGCGCCGGUGAUAAGAAAAGGUAACAGAAGAUGCUAGAGGGAGAAAGAAAGAGAGAGAAGGGAGAAAGGUAGAGAAAGGAAGAGAGGGCGAUAAAGUGGAAGAAACGAGGAGCUAAAUGCGAGUUUCCGCCCCUACGGGCAGAUCCGAUGCGGAAUCAAUUCGCGUAAUAGUUCCGGGGGAGGGGCGGCCGGGAGAAGGUGGAGGGCUAAAUCGACUGGCGGCCGGAGGGGUGGGUUAACUGAAGCGAGAGCUCGGAUACGGGCCAUUACCACACCUGUCCCUCAACUUCGACUUCGCGAGAGCGAGUCCGGGGGCUCUAAUGAAGAGAAGCAAUCACUUAAGCCGGGCCCGUUAUAUAUACCCGGUGCCCCGGGAUACGAUACGGUUUUAUUUGCGCGCAGCAUCCGAUACGGUACUUUUACGGUUCAUUCGGGGGAGAGUGUGUCCCCAUGUCCGCCGAUCCGAAUCGCUCCUCCGGGAGCAGCUUCGAUCAUUUGUAACGCAAAAACGUUAACUGCUCGAUGCUCCUGAACCAGGAAAAAUCAAGCGGAAAUUUCAGUGAAUGGUUGAUUAAUCCAUUAAAAGUCAUAACUAUAAAGGAAGAUUUUAGUUUCUAAAAGCUCCGUUUUGAAGACAACUUUUCAUUUCUAAAAAUGUCAAAUUUAUACAAUAGGAUUGUUAAGUAAUUUAAAUUGUUGUAUGUACAGACGUUAAUUAUUGUAAUAUCCACUUACCUCAUUCGCAGCUGUAAGAUCACGUCAUUUGUAUCGCAAGCGAGUCUCGCAGUACUCAAAACGGAUUUACGAUUAUUAUCGCGAUAUUGCGCGAUACUACGUAACGGAUAAAUAUAUUACAGAUAUUAAAUAAAAAACUGCAAAAAUACGAAAUUUAUGAGAAAUAAUGACGGAUGAACAACGUCAAGGUUAUCGAUCUCUGAAACAAAGAUUAUCAGAAAUGAGGAUGACAUAGCCGACAUCAAAAUAAAUCUAGGAUAGACUUCAUCGUAACGUUAAAAAAGACUCGCAGCGAUGCUCGAUAUUCGUCAAGAUUUAUUUCGAAUGAGAUGUAUUUAUGUAGCGCACAAAGAACCAAGACAACGAGCGCAAUACGGAGCAAGAAUUGGAACCGAUAUAGCUUCGGUAUCGUCAACUUCUGAUGCCAUAGGUAUGGACAGAUCGACCGCUGGAAAUCAAAUUUUGAUACAAUUCUCCUCCUCUCGAUCGUAUAGUUGGGCAUAGUGCAUAUAGUUUUAGAUUGUCUCUGUAGAAACAUAACUAUCAUCGAGAAAGAGACAUAACACACUAUUUUAACUCUCUAUUUUUUUCCCCCUCGCUUUCUUCCUCUUAAUAUACAAUUGACUAAUAUGCAAUAUAUUUAUAUAAGUAUCCCUACAAGUUAUAACAUUACUCUAAUAAUUCACGAUCACAACCCCCCUCCCUCCCAUUUCGUACCAAAUAUUUCUAAAGUAUCUCCGUUCGCGUCACUGUUACACCCCCAAGGAUCGUCCUCCAUGCCUGUAGCAUAGAAAUCUAGAGCCAAAGAGACACCGGUUUCAAUUCCCUGAUAUAUGGAACACCUGAUUGUGCGCGUGUAAAUGUACAGUGCGUCGUUUUAGCACGCAACUUGCAUAGAUAAUUAACGGAAGAAGCUCGACGGCAGGAAGCGAUUGAGUAUCCUGGUGAACACGCGUUGUCGUAACAACAGGCGGUGAAAUCUGAACUCUUCAUCGGCGCUCUGCCGCCUGGACAAGCCAGAUGGAUCUAUGAUACUCCAAAUUAAUACUUGUAUGCGUUUACGCGAGACGCUUCAAGACACGUAAAGCCGUCCAGCUUGAUUACAAUAACAAGGUCGCAUUCAGAGGGAAAAUCGAUUCGAAAGUAACGUGAUGAAAAAAUUGCCGAGGCUAUAAAAUACAAUACAGAGUGUGUACAUUCAGCCUUAACUGGUGGAUUUUACAGUGCCAUGUUGACGUAAGACGGUAUGAUGCAGCGAUUUAGCUAUGCACAGGAUGUCCCAGAAUCUGAAUGUGACGGAUAGCUUACCUUACUGGGUGUCGAUUUCUCUUUGAAACGGUUCGCAAGCGACUACCAGUUUGUUCCAAAACAUUUUUAUCUAUUCAGAUACAUGCCCGAGCAACAAUCAUUUGUUCUUCCAUUUGAUUUCAAGACGCUCGUGACAAUUUGAAGACAGCUUUAUUUCAUCCGAAUAUAACGGAGCGUUUUUCUGAGCCGAGACAAAGUCAACGUAUUAAUCUAAGAAAAUCCAGGACGCCCUGUAUACGACUAAUCCGUCUAUCAUACGCUUUAUGCUUUAAGAUCAAAGUUAUACAAAGAUGUACAUGUACGAAACUGUCUGUAUCGCCCGUCUGAAAUCGGCAGCACCUUUCGUUGCACUUUGACAGACGCAAACGUGGGUCGUGUCGUCAAAAAGAAGAAGAAGAACGUGGUCUUUCUUGGUUGUUUUCUUUCUUGCUGCCCGUGCGAAACUUACAUACGAUACGUUACUACUGAGCACUAGAAGAGAUUACCCUUAAGUACUACGCAGUCAAGGUAAUAUGCAACAAUAAAAAAAGAACACUGUGUAUGUACUCUAUUACCAAGUGUGAACACUGGACAGAGAAAUUCGCCGGCGCUUGCGAGAAAAAGUGGAGCAGAAAUAAAAAAAGAAAGAAAGAAAUACACACACAGCUGAUCAACCGCAUUUUCGACAACAUUGUGCUUUCGUGCCGCAAGGAUAGGAUAAUCAGGUACUAGGAACAGCCCCAUAGAGUUCCAAUCCUUUGAGAGGGGAAAUACGCGAUCGUACACGAUUAAAAUCCGAUCGAGAAAUGUCUCGCUCGUCGGGGAAAGCCUUUCACAGGAAGAGGCUCUUUGAUUUGUAACAUCGAGUUUUCUUUCCUUCCUUUUUCAAAGAAAUCCUUGUCUCGACUCGACUCGCCGCACUCGCUUCUCGAUCAGUAUAAGAGAUGGCAUGUAUACGUUUAAAAUGUAUAUAUAACUAUAAUAUAUAUACACAUCUAUGAUAUAGGUUUCUUUUUCACAAUACGACAUGUGGUAAUCAUAAGGUGGCUGUAAAGUCUACAUCUAAGCCAUGUUAGUCUAAUGCAGCAUCGGCGAGACCGUUGCUCGGUGAUAUCGAUUGAUUGUACCCCGUUCGUUUCGACUGCGAUUACGUUUCUCUUGCAAGUAUUCUCGAUGUAUUCGCAUUCGCAGAUACAUGGGCAUACCUAGUAAUACGUACAUCUCUAGUAUAAUGAGGAUAUUCUGGCUUGAUAGAGAGAAGCGUCCCGGCUGAGAGCUCGGCCGGAAGGGCUAUGCUACUAUUGUGAUCAGGAAAUCAAUCGAUCGGCGAUCCCAAAGGACAGGAACCCGCUCCGUACACUGCCCGCACGAGGAUUCAUUACGAUUAAAUAUAAUACACACCGUAUAAUAAUUACAAUAAUUAUAGUAGUAAUUAAGAAUUAUUAUGUUAAUAGUUAUUUAACCACGUGUAUGGCUCAGUCUAUUACGCUAGUCUCAUGCAACAACAACAAUAAAGAUACAACAAUAUAUUUACUUGUGAGUUUGUCGAGUUUCGAUUUAAUACGCGUCGCUUUAUACCGUGAUUCCGAAACUUUAUCUCUGCUCUCGUUUACUCGUAUUUUUAUUUUUUUUUGUUGGUUUUUUUCUUUUUCCCUUUUCUCGUUUGCAAUCAUCCCGUUAUUACAUAUCCCCAUGCAUACAUCUCUGCAUUCAAUUUUUACUCACUGGUUUAAUAGAAAAAAACUGGAAAUUGCAAGUAUCAAUUAACAUCAAUCAUUUUUCAUCCCUCCCCUCCCUCCCUCUCCACAUUGUAAUAUUUAAUAUAAUAAUUAUGUAUAAAUAGAUUGAUCUCUCUUUCUCUCACUGUUAUACUUUACGAUCAUUUAUAAAUUUCUUAUUUCGAUCUUAUCUUGAUUGAGUUUCUCGUGCAUAUUAAUAAAUAAUCGCGAGCCACAUGAUCCCUCGACGCUCGGAGAUGACAAUGUAUCGACAGAAUGUAUAGAAUCACGUAUCGAAAACUACAUCCAAGUUAAAAGGAAAGAAAAAAAAAUUGUAUUUACAAUCAUGGGAGAACUCACGAAUAUACUAUGGAUUCUAUUGCGAUACGAAAUUUCGCGCGGCGACCUGAGAUCGACGAUAACGAGCAUUUAUCAUUUACCACCGACGAAACCUUUUGCCUAGCUUAGGAACUACGUAAGAGAGAGGUGAGAACUAUGUAACUUCGUAUAAAUUGUCAUUAACUACUAUUUAAAGUUCUUAAAUGUAAUCUGGUAAGAGAAGUGAAGCGAUAAUGUCCAUUCUAGUAUGCAAAUAUUUACACACCUACACGUGUAUAUAUGUAUAUACACGCCGUACACAUAGGAAAAAUUAAGAUACAUGAUUAUGAAUUUUCGUCUGGACUUGCGUCGAGUUGACAUGUGGCUCAAGACCAAUCUUCUUUUUUUUUAUUUUCCAAGCCCUUAAGUAAUUAUUAAAAAACAGUAAUAUCACAUAAAUGGCGCAGGCAGAGCAAGGAAAGGGACCAAAGUUUAGGGAUAAAAUUAUCUGACAAUAUAUAUAUGUAUAUACAUGAGUAUACAUAUAUAAUACCUAUAUUGCCAAGUUGACGAACAAGUGGAUUAAGUCAAGGAGCGGUCACGAAAUUCGACUGUUUUUUUUUUCGCGCAGAAUCUCUUUUCGAUUGCAAUAUAGUUGAAAAGAGAUUGCACAGUAAUAGUGUCGAUUACGCAUGCGGUAAAAACCAGUAGAAGAAUGCAAAAUUAUCCUUACUUAGUAAACGACGAUAGAAAAAAAAAAGUAUCUUUAUCGUCAAAAGUAUCUUUAUCACGUAGUCAAUUUAUGAAGAGUCUUCCUCCUUCUCAUCUUACGGCUAUAAAAUUGAGUCUCGAUGUGAAUCAUCCCCCUUUUCGAAAAUGUCUGUCUCGCUUGCGCUAGUUUAAUUCCCGCCAGCCACUGGAUUUUUAUUGAUAAGCUUCAAAGAUUUGAUUGACAAUAGCGACUUAAUGAUGGUCAGUUUUUCUUUUUUUCCAAAUUGAGCUUGUGCUUCUUCGAUUUUUUUCUUUCUCUCGCUUAAUUUCAAUGUGUGGAGAAAAAUUAAAACGUAAUUUCCUUCGACACCAUAAAACUAGAAAUCGCUUCUGAAAGAUUUUGUAGUGUAUCCAAAACACGUACAUGCUCGACUAUUUAAUGAUACAUUAUUAUUCUUGUCAAAAUAUUAACGGUCUUUUUUUUUCAGUUGACAAUGACCGAGAUAAAAGCAUCGCGCGUUAAAAUAAAAAUAUUCGCUUUCAAACUGGCCUAAAUUUGGGAUUGGAAUGACAGUCCGCGCACUACUUAUCUCUCUUUCUCUCAAAAACGAUUGUAAACGCAGGAGUUUCUGUUAAUCCACGGUGAAACACCGAGAUCAUUACAUCGCGCAAAAUAAAAAUCGACACUGCCAUAGAUUUCACGUCAUAGAUCCGCUCGCUCUGUUGAUCGCAUUUGCAAACUGUUCUUUAAAAGAACUACGAUUGAACGACAUCGACUCGAGAGACUUGGAUAGAUCAGCAAUGAUUUGAGACAUCUAUUAUAAUAAUAACAAAAUACCGUCCAGUCUAAAACGUAUUUAUCUAUAUUUACACUAAUGCUAACGUGAGACUAAUUUAAUUAUGUUUAACAAAAAAAGAGUAAUCACAAAAUGGUCUGCGAGUUAAAACAUCGUAUUAUAUAUUGGAUAUACAUAUAUACGUACAUAUAUGUACAACGGUAUGCGUAUGUAUAUGUACGUAUACGUUUGAAAUAUGUUUUUACACACACGUACGAAGUGCGUCAUGACAAAGUUGUCGCGUAAACCUAAUAUCACAAUUAGCAGGCGAGAGAAUAAAAUAAGCAGAAAAAUUUUGGUUCGAAAUGACGGAAUGGCACUUUCUGCACAUCAUCUUCGUAUGUUUUUUCUUCAACGUAUAAAAAUACAAUAUCCUCGAAAAACCCUCUGUACACUAUGAAAUUUCUAAUUAACAUACUCUCUAUCUGGUAUCGUUUAUUAUCAAAUAAGUAGCUCUACCUUGCCUCUAAAACUCUAUAAACACAUUCGAGUAAUCUCUCUCUCUCUCUCUCAAUCUCUCGUAAAAAAAAAGAA